GGCAAAUGAUGAGAGCAGCAUGCAACAAUCAUGGCGUCCUCGUACAGACUCCACACCAUUGCUAACCAACUGGGCCGUCUUCGUAUGGGAAGCAGUGUGUUCUCCCAUGCAUCUAUGAGAUAUGCAUCAUCGGUUCCUCCCCACAUUACCAAGGCUGAAGACUGGUGGGGAAAAUGUAGUCGCGUCAAAGUUCUAGACGGAGAGAUGACUUAUUAUGACUCUGAUCCGGAUCAAUCCAAAUCCAAAGAUGCUGUAGUGUUCUUGCACGGGAAUCCGACCUCAUCCUUCUUGUGGCGAAACGUUAUACCACACAUUGAGGGUAGUUCAAGAUGUCUUGCUCCUGAUCUGAUUGGUAUGGGUAGGUCCAGCAAGUUACCAAUUCAGUAUAGGUAUAGAGAACAUUACCGAUACCUGAAGGCUUGGUUUGACACUAUGAAUCUCCCGCAUAAGGUGUCUAUUGUUUGCCAUGAUUGGGGAUCAGGGCUUGGCUUUCACUGGUGUCACAUGCACUCAGAUCGGAUCAAGUCUAUCAUUCACAUGGAAAGUUUAGUAAGCACUGUUCCAGACUGGAGCGUGUUUCCGGAAAUUGCAAAGCAGUUUUUUCAAGCUCUUCGGUCCGAAGCUGGAGAGGAUAUGGUUCUGGAAAAUAACCUCUUUGUAGAAUUGUUAUUUCCCAAAGCUGUUAUGAGAGAGCUUGGUGAUGAUGAGAUGGAAGCAUACCGUGAGCCAUUCCGCAACAAAGGUGAAGAUCGUCGUCCAACCCUAACCUGGCCAAGAGAAAUCCCAUUGGAGAAUGAAGGACCUCAAGAUGUUGUUGCCGUCAUUAAUGCCUAUAGUGAUUGGUUGAAAACCACUUCAACCAUUCCCAAACUGUACAUUGAUGCUGAACCCGGUUUCUUCUCUCCGAGCAUCCGUAUUGGGUGUGCAACUUGGCCGAAUCAGAAAACAAUCUCUGUCAAGGGUCUGCACUUCUUGCAGGAAGACUCACCAGAUGACAUUGGCAAAGCCAUAAAAACAUUCCUUAAAGAUGUGUAACAGUAAAGUGAAUGCUGUGAAAUGACGAGAGGGGAACGGCAGCAGAGCUACAGAACAUUCAGGCUCUCAUCUCUGUUUUUGAUUUUCAAAAGGAUCAACUUGUCAAAUUUUCUGGCUGGUAUCUAUUUUGUUACACUUUACAUUGCUAGGUAACUCAGUGGCAUAACCAAUGGAGGUGGCUGAGGAUGGGUACCGGUUAGAGUUGCAAAGAUCAGGAGUGCUUUAAAGGGUUUGAGUACUUUUUGUAGGACACAAAACAAUGUACACUGAUUUACUUUUCUUGCUGAGGGGCUGUAGUUUUUAAGAAAUGAGUAAAACAAUGUAACACAAAUAAUUGUUAAUACCAACAAUACUGGUAAAUAGAUUGUACAUGAUAAAAUAAGGUUCAUACACAAAUUAUUUUUGUUAUAUUGUUUUAGUAACUUCUCAAAAACUACAGCACCUAAGCAAGUAAUAUGAAUUUGAAGAGACGCUUUCUACCACCAUCUUCAAAGUGGACACUAUUGGUAAUUGUCUAAGAUUAGACUUCACCUCAACAUAUGCAUAAAAUAACAAA